AUGCUUGUGGAUGAUAUAAUUCUUCUCAUAGUUGAUCAAAUCGACACCAUACAAGAUCUACUUCGUCUUCUGCUGGUGUGCCGUCAUUGGUAUGAUUUAAUUUUCCCUAAAGCCUAUGAGUGCAUCUCGCUUGACGGUAAUCAAAUCUAUGGUCUUCUUUGCUCCAUACAAAGUAAUCCAAAAAUUGGCCCUGCUAUUCGAGAUUUAUCCAUUGGUUGGCCCUCCUAUCAAUCCUAUGAACCAGGUUAUUUCGACCACAAUGUGGCAAUAUUCAAGGAUUUUUUGCAGCAAGCAAGUCCCUCCAUAGAGUACUGCUCGAUUUGGGAGCAGGACCUACUUAAAGGACACUCAGAUGCGUGGCUAGCAGUACUUGCGCCGUUACUCGAAGGCGUCGAGUGGUUAGAGGUUGAUCAUGGCUGGAAGUAUCAUUUCCUCCCUUUACUAGCCCGGGCAGGCGCUCGGGAAAAGCCAUUUGAUUCGAAACCUAUAUUUCAAAGUCUAAAGAGCGUGAUCAUCAAAGACGAAGACCUCAAAGCUUCCUUCUCUGCCAACAAUCUUUUGCCGCUGCUCUAUUUCCCAGAAAUGCAAGCUUUCUCCGUCAACUCGUUACAUGAAGAAGAGGACCCAGAUGAAUUUUACUACUCAAACCCUGAGUUAGGAACCUCAGGGGUCUCGGAACUUGAUUUUGAUCAAUGUAAUGGGAUUCACGGCAUGGCUCACUACGUCAAGGCAUGUGCCAACCUGAAAGUCUUUAAUUAUCAACAUCAGAACCAGGCCGUCUGGGGUGCUGAGUAUUAUGACUUUCGUCCUCUGAAAUUUUACAAAGCGCUAUGUAUCCAGAAACAAAAUCUUCAAGAGAUCCGACUAAAUAAUAAUGGCGAGAUCGACGGCAAUGGCGAUAAUGAUGAUGGCAUAGACUACAGUGGUUUUGGAUCCUUAGCCGAUUUCCAUCAGCUACAUGAACUUCGGAUGCCAUUACGCACGCUUCUGCAAUUUGGUUUGAGUGAUCGGCCAUCGGUUUCUCUUCCAGAUGUUCUUCCGUCCAGCUUGGAAUAUCUUCAGCUUGCCGGAUAUUACGAGGAGGAUUUCAAUGUCGCAAUAGAAAAUCUCCGAAGCAUGCUAGCGCAGCGAAAGAAACGAUUCCCAAAUCUUAAGAGGAUCGAAGUCCAGCCAGUCUAUAUGGAGCAGACUCCAGAUACCAAGAUACCGCAUUGGAUGCAUUAUGAAAUUCCGGAGUCGGUCAAACAGGCAUUCGCACCUUUCAAGGUCGCAUGUGACGAACAAGGAAUCAAAUUUGCACUUACUAAAGAAGGCGAACAUAGAAUACGUGUCAAUUAA